AUGGAUAAAAUAAAUCAGACUAAAGUGACCUUCUUCAUUAUUAAGGGGAUAUCAGAUGUCCCUGCGCUCCAGGCUCCCAUCUUCCUACUGUUUUUUCUAAUUUAUCUCUUCACCAUUGGAAGUAACAUGACCAUUCUCCUGCUCGUCUGUUUGGACCAUCAUUUGCACACUCCCAUGUACUUCUUCCUGUGUAACCUCUCCAUAAUGGACAUGUGCUGUUCCACUGUAACUCUACACAAUACAUUUAUCAUGUUUUUAACAAAAAGUAAUCAAGUUUCUUUCUCUACCUGCAUGGCACAAAUUUACUUUUUUUCAAGUUUUACUUCGAAUGAGUUGUUGAUACUGACUGCCAUGAGCUAUGAUCGCUACAUGGCCAUUUGUAACCCCUUGCACUAUCCAGUCGUUAUGAAGAUGAAGAACUGUUAUGUGUUGGCAUGUGCCUGCUGGUUUGUGGGGUUUAUAGAAAUUAUACCAUUCAUGGUUUUAACCUUAAAUCUCACCUGCUAUAAAUCCAAUAUUAUCAACCAUUUCUUCUGUGAUAUAAUGUUUGUUAUAAAAUUAUCCUGCAGUGACACCUCUGCCUUGAUUAUUUUGGUUUUCACAGAAGGCCUGCUUCUGUUAAGUCUCACUCCCUUUCUUUUGACCUUUAUCUCUUAUCUAUUUAUUAUUGCCACCAUACUAAAGAUCCGUUCGAGUUCCGGGAGACAAAAAGCCUUCUACACAUGUUCCUCGCAUCUCACGGUGGUUGUCUUACUUUACUCAACACUUUUCUGCCAGUAUCUAAUGCCAUCUUCAAUGGACACUUUGGACUUCAAUAAAGGCUUCUCUCUUUUUAACACGGCAGCUGUCCCAAUAUUAAACCCAAUAAUUUACAGCUUAAAAAAUGAAGAUGUAAAGGCAGCUCUGAAACGAAAAAUAAAACUAUGA